GAGGAGCCUUUCCUGUUUCUCGUGCCUUUUCUCCCUUCCGAUCGACGUAUCGACGUAAGCCUAAGAUUGUAGGGCCAGGAGGGCCAAAGUCUAAAAGGUCGACAGCUCAUUCAGACCGGAAAUAGCUUCUCCAGUCGGGUCCGAGGAAUGCAAAGAGGACUGGAGACAACAAUCAAUGGAUGGAUGGAUAUGGAUGGAUGGAUAGCUCUAGACCCCUGCAGUGUCUACCUCCACGGUCGAUGAACCUUCCCUUCCCCUCCUCUCCUCUCUCCUGAGUCCUGAGUCCUGAGACAUCGUCACAUCUCCGGUCUACCUGUCAUCCGCCAUGGCUAAUGACUCCUCAGCCACACAGCAAAUCAUCGAGCUCUUCACCCAGCUGAAUACGAACUCAGCUCGACAGGAUGCGUACCAUCGGAUUUUAGACCAGCUUAAACCCCAUGAAUGGCGCGAUGUGCGAACCCGCAUCAACCAACGUGCCUUUCAGAAAGAUAUCCUAGGCCAAUCCCCUCCAGAGGUUGCGGUCCAAAUCGCCCAGUAUCUCGACCUCUCCGAGAUCCACGUAGUUCAGAGAGUCUCCAGGAAGUGGCACCUGCUACUCUCGUCGGAGCUGAUUCGAGGAGCAGUCUAUCAACAUUACACCGGAUGUGGCGUUCAUGUCACGGAGGACCAAUUUAUUCUAUAUUCCAAACAGAGGCUCCGUUUGGAGCGUGGCCUGCCCACCUGCAAGCUCCAAGGUCUAACCCGUUCCUCCCCAUAUGGUUCGAGUCUUGCCUGUCAGGAUUAUACCAAUGGGAGGCAUGCUUGGCUCGAGGGCGACACGCACAUUAUCGUAUAUGAUCUUUGGAAACACACGGCGCAGCGUUUCUGCACCGAGAAUCGAGAAUCGUUCAGGGACAUGCGUCUCUCUGAAUCCAUGGUCGUAGCGAUCAGCGUACGGGGAUACUGUCAUACCUGGAACCUUGAAACGGAAGAAUAUGCAUCGUUCCGCAUCCCGGCUCUUCAUUUUCGAGCCUUCGUUGUUCGUGGUCUUAAAGUUGCUCUGGGCUUCGCCAACCCCUUAGCAGUUGGCGACGAAUCCAUCAUCUACUGGGACAUGGGAUCUCGAAUUGCCCGUAGCAUCCAAGUUGAACCCAACCUGGCACUUGUUGGCUUGCAUCAGACUACCAACAGCUUGACCACUCUCCAUCUCCAAAGGGAGAGUCACACAAGAUAUGAGAAUGGUUCGACCAGUUCCGGUCACCAUGACAGCCUAUGUGUCGUAAAAUACAAGGUUGACGGCCAUGAACGCAUCACCGGUGUGGCUUCUGAAACAUUGCGACUACCGUUUCUGUCAGGGAUUGAUUGGAACAUCGAGAUCCUGCACGAUAUAUCCAACGACGCCAGUGGCCGUUUAGCGGCUUUUUCCUGCCAACCGCUUCCAUCCGCUGUGGCGUCGACCACCCCUCGCUACAUCCUUGUAGCCACCCAUGACCCGCAGACUGACAAGGUAUACAUGCAUGGGUUGCGUCCUGAGGACACACCUUACCUUCCCUUGUGCAUAGCGGCGGUAGAUCGCAACCUCCUGUACUACGUGAAAAAUGAUAGGGGUAAACCGGCCAUUUGGAUUUCCGACCCAGCGUCUCGGAAUCCCCAUCGCCCCGCCAAAGCCAUGGACCCCGAGUUGCCCAGGGAAGCCACGAGUAGGGUUUAUUCUUACGCCAGCCGUUUCACACUCCGCGGUGACCGCGACUUCAUUUUGAUGGUCGACGAAAUCGAAGUAAAGGUGUGGCGGUUUGGGGACAUGCGGGACCAUCAAUGCUCUCUAUAA